UUUAAUAGAAAAGGAUGGAUGAAUACGAAGCCCAGUUGCUGGUGGUUAAGCAGGCGCUGCUUGUAACAUCCGACGAGCAGCAACGCGAUGAAUUAAUAGCCCUGCAAACAAAUUUGGAGGAACUCUUGGCUCUGACCAGAGGCAGUGAGCCUGAAGCUACCAGCAACACAAAGACACCUGAGACAUCCGAUAAUAUAGACGAUGAACUACAACGUUUUCAAAGUGAACUAAUUGACCUGGAGCACCAGCAAGCUGAUCCCGGCGAGGAUCAACAACGGCUGGAAGAACUACGCACCAAAUAUAAUGGUCUAUUGGGGGAAAAGUGCUCCGCACCCCAUGAGCAUAGCUGGGGUGCUCUCAGCUAUCACAAUGCACUUAUAUGUGGGGUAGAUGAUGAAUUGAUAGUGGAUAAAAAUGGUAUUUUGGACGUGCGACUGCGCGUUCUCUUCACAAAUCCAACUCACCGCGAGAUGUUGCCCUGUAACUAUUUUUUGGAGGGCGAAUGUAGAUUUGACGAAGUGCGAUGUCGUUACUCGCACGGGGCUCUGGUACCAGGAGCAUCCAUUAAGGAUUACAAUGCUCCCGACUUUCAUAGACUUGCACGCAAUUGUCCAGUUUUGGCCAAGCUGCAAGAUCGACUGUGGCACCGUGGUCGGGUGCUAUGCGUCAAUUUUGUGGAGCAGCAAUGUCGUGUGCGUCUGGAUGGCCAGGAGCACAAGGAGCGUGAGCGAGACUUUCCAUUUGAGGAACUUUUUCCUCUGGUCACUGCCGAAGAUGACGACCUGACUAGCGACAGUGAAGAGUCUAAUGAAACUGAUGGAAACGAUGCGGGGAAUGAUUCCGACAUGGACGACUUCGAAGCGGCGCGUCAAGCACGCAUGGUAGAGCUGAGCCUCUUCACGUUCAAGCCCACCGAGAGAUUGGGUGCCUGGGAGCAGUAUACACGAGGCAUAGGCUCCAAACUGAUGGCCAAUAUGGGUUACAUACACGGCACAGGCCUGGGCUCGGAUGGUCGGGGUAUUGUCACGCCCGUUAGCGCACAGAUACUGCCACAGGGCCGCUCGCUCGACGCUUGCAUGGAGCUGCGUGAGGCAGCCAACGGCGACAAGGACUACUUCAGUGUGGAGCGUAAACUGAAACGCGCUCAACGUCGCCAGGAAGCUGCGAAUGAAAAGGCCUACGAACGUGCAGCGAAACGUGCCGAUGUGUUUGCCUUUCUUAAUACCAGCGUGCUGGGCCAGGGCAGCCAGCAGACCGAGAAUGCAAACAAGAAAACAAAGCCGAACAAUCUGCAGCAACACUCAAAUAAAACGCUCAAUGUGGAGACGGUGCGAGUUGCAGACGAUAUACGCAGAAAGCAGCGUGACAUUGCCAAAGUGCAGCAGUCGUUGGCACGCAAUGCAACGGAUGCGCAGCUGCAGAAGCGAUUGAAUGUGCAGCUCCAGGCACAGAAGCAAGAGCUGGCUACGCUGCAAGCGCAGGAGAUAACUUUAUGCAAGGAGCAGCAGACGCGAAAGAGCAAGAAUAAAAUGUUCGAGUUCUAGUUUGGAAAUCAACUUAAAUUACUUUU